GUGCCUCCGUGAGAUGUCACAGGAGGCAGAACGUGAAGGAACUUAAGACCCUGGCCAAAGAAUUUGGUCAGGCCCAGGACAGAGAACAGGAAAUGAGAUCAUUUCCCAGACUGUCAUAUGUAAGCCAUUCAUUCAUUCAUUCAUUUCUUACGCACUGAGUGUUGGCUUUGAGUCAGACCCGAUGUCUAAACCGUGUUUGACCACGAGCCUGCUUCUGCCCCAGACGAGGCGAGGUGGCCCACGGAGCCCCGGGCCCUUCUGCUAGAAGCUCAUCCGCUUUCUUCAACCCUUGCAGCAGUUUUGGAAAUACUGACAUUGCUUUCCCCACUGACGUGUCUGGAGCCAUGCGGUCUCAGGCUCGUCCCCUUUUCUGAGCUCCCGUGGCUGUUCUGGGCAGGUUAGCGCGAUGGUCUCAUGCCUUCCUCCAGAAAUGAAACUGAGACUGGGUUUUAGGUUUUCAGCCCGCUGGUUGCCAAGGUUAGAGAGAGAGAGACCGUGUGUACCAAACGGGAAACUAUGUGGGUGUGGAAAAGAAGGGGAGACGGUGAGGGAGAGUGUCAUCUGAAGAAAAGGGGAAUUCCUUUUAGAAUCCAGGAAAGACCCCGUUGCCGGUUCGGUCUGUAUGGUUCAAUGAUGGGAUGUUGAUCAGUCAGGAUUGGGUGUUUGGAAAGCAGGAGGGACUGGAGCUUGGAUGGUCCUGUGCCUCUCUCGGGAGUGAGGAGAAAGAGACUCUGUGGGAGAGAGCGCCUCUACUACAAGAACUCUGAAAGAGAUGACGAAAGCCCUCCGAAAUGAAGUGGACAUCUCAUGGCGCACGGAGCCCUGCUGAGUGGCUGGAAGCUGGAUGAGCCCCUGGCUGCUGACUCCUGGAACAUGGCGACGUGCCCCGUGUCUGCCGAGGUCAUCCACCAGGUGGAGGAGUCGCUGGACGAGGACGAGAAGGAAAUGAUGCUUUUCUUAUGUAGGGAUGUGGCCGAGAACCUGGCUCCACCGAAUGUCAGGGACCUCCUGGGCAGCUUAAGUGAGAGGGGCCAGCUCUCUGUUGCUACCUUGGCGGAACUGCUCUACCGAGUGAGGCGCUUCGAUCUGCUCAAGAGGAUACUGAAGACGGACCGGGCAGCCGUCGAGGCGCACCUGCGCAGAAACCCUCACCUCGUUUCUGACUAUAGGGUGCUGCUGAUGGAGAUCGGUGAGAAUUUGGAUAAAUCUGAUGUGUCCUCGUUAGUUUUCCUUACACGAGAUUAUACAGGCCGAGGCAAGGUGACCAAGGACAAGAGUUUCUUGGAUCUGGUGAUUGAAUUGGAGAAGCUGAAUCUGAUUGCUUCAGAUCAAUUGAACUUAUUAGAAAAAUGCCUGAAGAACAUCCACAGAAUAGACCUGAAGACAAAAAUCCAGAAGUACAGGCAGUCUGGCCAAGGAGCAGGAUCACAGUAUAUGAAUUCUCUCCAGGCUUCUCUCCCAAACUUGAGUAUCAAGGAGCCUUCAUAUACUUCUUCAAGGUUCCAGAAUGGGCGAAGUAGAGAACAAAGAUUUGUGGAGCACCUUGGCAUUCAAAGAAACCCAGUGAAGACGUCCAUUCAGGAAUCGGGAGCUUUUUGGUCUCCGCACACACGCGAGGAGAGUUACAGGAUGCAGAGCAGGCCCCUGGGAAUCUGCUUGAUCAUCGAUUGUAUCGGCAACGACACAGAAUAUCUACAAGAGACCUUCACUUCCCUGGGCUAUCAUGUCAAGGCUUUCUUGUUUCCCAGAGCGGAUGAUAUAAGCCAGAUUCUUCACCGAUGUGCCCUUCUACCUACACACAAAGACUACGACAGCUUCAUAUGUGUUCUAGUGAGCCGAGAAGGCUCCCAAAGCAUGAUGGGCGUGGACCAGGCUCACUCGGGGUUCUCCUUGGAUUGUGUCAAGAGGAUGUUCAUGGGGGACAUGUGCCCCUCCCUAGUAGGGAAACCAAAGCUCUUCUUUAUUCAGAACUAUGAGGUGUUAGGCGGUGCGUCCGAAGACAGCAGCCUGGAGGUCGACGGGCCGGCAGUAAAAGACUUGGACGCCAAGGCCCUGCAUCCUGACUCCUGCCUGACUCACAGGGAAGCGGACAUCUUCUGGAGCCUGUGCACGGCGGAUGUGUCCCAGCUGGAGCAACCCUCUAGCUCCUCCUCCGUGUACCUGUGGAACCUCUCCCAGCAGCUGAAGCAAGAAAGGAAACGCCCACUCGUGGAUCUCCACGUUGAACUCAUGGACAAAGUGUAUGCCUGGAACAGCGGAGUCUCUUCUAAGGAGAAAUACUAUCUGAGCCUGCAGCACACUCUGCGAAAGAAACUCACUCUGUCUUCUACAUGACAACCAGAAGCCUUCCGGGUUCUUGGGGUGUAUGUAGGCCAGGGUGGCUUGGAGCCGACAAGCCUCUUGAUUGCUUGGGAAGGUCACACUUGCUCUGGUUCUAGGGCAAGCCCUGCUUCCUGGUUCUCCUGUAAACGGGCAGCAGCCAUAACCCCUGCUGCGGUGGACCACGUCGUUCCUGCCACCAUGCCUCCCCAGUAUGAUGCAAAGUAAACCUCUCCCCCUUAA